AGAGAGAGAGAGCGAGCGAGCGAGCUGCAUUUAUAGAAAGUUUUAUUUAUAAUGGUCUCAAAUAUAUAGUUACAAUUUCAUUACAUAAGUAUUAGUUGCUAUUAGAAAGUCCCAUUUAUAGAUGCCAUAAAUAUGUGAUUACUAUUUAGAUGGAUGGAUGGAUAGAUAGAUGGACCAUAGAUGAAUGGCUUGAAGGACUAGAUGGAUAGAUGGACCAUAGAUGAAUGACUUGAAGGACUAGAUAGAUGGAUGGCUUGAAGGACUAGAUAGAUAGAUGGAUGGAUCAUUAAUGGCUGAUGGAUCAUAGAUGGAUGAUAGAUAGAUAGAUGGAUGGAUCAUAGAUAGAUAGAUAGAUAGAUGGAUGGAUCAUAGAUGGAUGAUAGAUAGAUAGAUGGGUGGAUCAUAGAUGGAUGGCUUGAAGGACUAGAUAGAUAGAUGGAUGUAUCAUAAAUGGCUGAUGGAUCAUAGAUGGAUGAUAGAUAGAUAGAUGGAUGGAUCAUAGAUAGAUAGAUGGAUGGAUCAUAGAUGGAUGAUAGAUAGAUAGAUGGAUGGAUCAUAGAUGGAUAUUAGUUAGAUAGAUGGAUGGACUGUAGAUGGAUGGCUUGAAGGACUAGAUAGAUGGAUGGAUGAAUGGACCAUAGAUGGAUGGCUUGAAGGACUAGAUAUAUAGAUGGAUGGAUCAUAGAUGGAUGAAAGGAAUAGAUAGAUAGAUGGAUGGAUGGAUGGAUCAUAGAUGGAUGAUAGAUAGAUGGAUGGAUGGAUCAUAGAUGGAUAUUAGUUAGAUGGAUGGAUGGAUCAUAGAUGGAUGAUAGAUAGAUGGAUGGAUGGAUCAUAGAUGGAUGAUAGAUAGAUAGAUGGAUGGAUCAUAGAUGGAUGAUAGUUAGAUAGAUGGAUGGAUCAUAGAUGGAUGAUAGAUAGAUGGAUGGACCAUAGAUGGAUGGCUUGAAGGACUAGAUAGAUAGAUGGAUGGACCAUAGAUGGAUGGCUUGAAGGACUAGAUAGAUGGAUGGAUCAUAGAUGGAUGAAAGGAAUAGAUAGAUGGAUGAUGGAUGGAUGGCUUGAAGGACUAGAUAGAUGGAUGGAUCAUAGAUGGAUGAAAGCAAUGGAUGAUAGAUAGAUAGAUAGAUAGAUGGCUUGAAGGACUAGAUAGAUAGAUGGAUGGAUCAUAGAUGGAUGAAAGGAAUGGAUGAUAGAUAGAUGGAUGGAUUAUAGAUGGAUGGCUUGAAGGACUAGAUAGAUUGAUGUAUGGAUGUAUGGAAGGGAUAGAUAGAUAGAUAGAUAGAUAGAUAGAUGGCUUGAAGGACUAGAUAGAUGGAUGGAUAAUAGAUGGAUGAAAGGAAUGGAUGAUAAAUAGAUGGAUGGAUCAUAGAUGGAUGGCUUGAAGGACUAGAUGGAUGGAUGGAUGGAUGAAAGAGAUAGAUAGAUAGACAGACAGGUAGAUAUGAAAGACUGAUAGAAAGAUAGAUGGAUAUGAAAGACUGAUAGAAAGAUGGAUGAAAGGAAUGAAUGAUAGUAUAGACAGCAGAAAAGUGCAGAAAGUACUGUAAAGAGAACAGGUGUUACUGUAUAUUAUGUCAUGACAUACAUUUAGUAAGAGUUACAUAAUGUAAAUUAAUUAUUUCAGGACAUAAAAUGCAGUCAAACUGGCUGACACUGAUGAUUUAUUUUAUAUGAUGUUUCGAUUCAAGGUUUACACUGGCGCUCACUGUAAUUCCAGCAGUGUGGUUAAGCAUGAACGCCUCUCAUCAUUUGUUACGCACUCAGUGUGUUGGGUGUGUUGCACGUUUCUUGGGGACGCCUGUCCAUAAAUUGAUCCUGCCAGGUGGAAUGCGCUUGCAGACCUCUGGAUCACCGCAAAGCUAUGGUCAGGUGCUGAGGCCUUUCCAUUGCAGUUCAUUAUGCUCCAUGAAUCAACCAGAUCGAACAGAACUCGAAAAGGCAAUCGAGUUUGAGACCCAGAAUAAAGACAAAACUUUGGUCACUCAUGAUGAUUUAUUCGAGCGAACUGCUAAAGAUUUAAAGACCAAGGCUGAUUUCAACAGGGUGGUGGAUGUUUUCAACAAGAAGGACAUUCGGCGACGGGGACAUGUGGAGUUUAUUUAUGCUGCUCUAAAGAAAAUGGCAGAAUUUGGAGUAGAACGAGACAUCACUGUUUAUAACAAACUCCUGGAUGUGUUUCCUAAAGAGGUGUUCGUGCCACGAAACUUUAUACAGAGAAUGUUCAACCACUACCCAAGACAACAGGAGUGUGGUGUGCAGCUGCUGGAGCAGAUGGAGAGUUAUGGUAUCAUGCCGAAUGUAGAGACCAAGGUUUUGCUGGCACAGAUAUUUGGUGAGAAGAGCCAUCCCAUGAGGAAGUACCAGCGUAUCAUGUAUUGGUUUCCCAAGUUCAAGCACGCAAACCCCUAUCCCAUCCCACAUGUACUCCCCAGCGACCCAGUGGACCUUGCUCGAUUCAGUCUUACUCGCAUCGCUGAUGACCCAGAUGCCAAAAUAACAAUCUAUCAGUAUCCAUCAACAGACAUCACAAAGACAGGAGAAGAAGUCACUAGGCCUCAUAUUGUAGGUAUCCAAAGUCCAGACCAGCGCUCCCUUCUGGCCAAACAUAAUCCCUGCAGGCCCGUGUUUGUAGAAGGCCCAUUCUCACUGUGGCUCAGGAAGACUUGUGUUUAUUAUUACCUGCUACGGGCAGACCCUAUACCACCUAAUGAAAAGGUGAAGGAAGAAUUUGACCCAGAGCUUAUGGGCCCCGAGCAGAGUUUCUUCUUCCCUCAGCAAGUGGAACUCGACCUGGAAAGAGACAUGGGUGAUGAUGACAGCUUCGAUGUGGAUGAUGUGGAAGAGGGGCUGGUUUAUGCCAUGUGUAUGGCAGGUCAGGGUGACCAAGCUACUCUGGCUCAAUGGAUUUCUGGUCUUCAGGAAACAUGUCCCAUGUUGGGCCAGAUACCUACAGUCUUCCGUCUAGAAUCUGGACCUAGAGAAUUACAAACCUCAUCAGAUGCUCAGCAAAACCCCGAGCAGAAGCCUGAGCUGGGACUUGAAACAGAUCAUUUUAUCGAGGAGGAACCACUGCACUCACAAGGAGUGAAACAGUGAGAGUUUAGUAUUUCACAAUGCCAAUGGAUGCUUGUGUUUUAUCAGGACCCCACCUCAAAGAAGAUCUACUGCACUGUGGUAGAUGCACUUGAAUCAGAUCUGAGGAAGCUCAUAUUUAGUUUAGUAAGCAUAUUCUGCCAUGUUUUACCAAUCUGACACAGCGUAUUUGAAUUGAAGGUCUGACAGAUGUCUUCAAGAAAGGGAUCUUAUCCAUUUGACACAAACUUUCAAGUAAAAAGUUCAUAGUAUUACAGCAUUGUGUUUUUUUUUUAGUUGUACAGGCAAUGACAAUUGUGAUGAGAUGACCUGUGAUUAGAGAUUGAUAUACAUUAUGCGAAGUUGCUCUAAGAAAAUCACACCACUGCCUUUGGCGUGCUCAGAUAUGUAAUAAACUGAUCCAACAGUGCAAUAAAAUAUGCAUUACUCCA